AGGGGGGCAUUGUGCUGUUGGAUGUUUCUGGUUAAAGAACCUCAGUUGUAGAUUCAGAAUUUGAAAUGUGUUCUCAUUUGUAAUAUUUUGAGUUAUUUGAACUUAUUUUCCCAGCAUCUAACUAUAACAGAGAAGAGAAUCUUUGCAAAAUAGAAAGACUUUAUGGCCUUAAGUUUGAUAAUAAAUGAGUUGUAGUCAGGAGGGGAUGAGACCUGGAUCAAAAGCCAGAGCUCUACUCUAAGGCAAUAAGAGCCAGUGUUGGAUGCACUUAAGCAGAGCAAGCUUGGAGUUGCCUGGACUUAACACACAGGUGUUGCUGUGUUGUGUGGUGCUCCUGCGUGAGGCAGUGAAAGCUAAAGUGUGUCAGUCUAGCACUGAGACACAUACACAGGCUGGGGUUGUUGAGGUACCGGUGGAUAGAAGCCUUUUGGCACAUAAGGAGCAGAACAUCUGGGAGUGCAGUAACCAUGUUAGGGAGGGAGAGACCGUCCUCUUCAGUGGUUCUCUGGAUAAAGUAACUUAAGUUGGAGUGUAUGAAUAAGCUGGCUUAAUAGUUGAAUAUGUCUUGAUAAAUUCUCAUGUAAAGUCUCCCUACAUUGAAAUGCUUAUUUUUAACCAAAUGUAGCUGGUUUGGGCAUCCUGUUUUCCAGCAUCUUCCUUUCUCUCAAGUCUGAAAUGCUUCUGAGCUCCUGCCCUCUUGGAACUGCUUCCUCUUCCCUUAUAACCUGAAGUAUUGUUUUACAGCCCAGAACGAGACUUCGCCAGUAGCAGCUCCUCCUAAGCUAGCGAAUUUUAGCCAUAACUGUUUUUUGUACUAAACCAAAAUAAACUCGCACAAACUCGCUCGGCCGCCGCCGCCCCUCACUGCGUGCGGGACCGCCGGGCCGGCAGGGGGCGCUGUGUCCGCUCCGCCGUCGCCCCCGCCCCUCCCUUUCCGCCUUCUCGGACGCCGCCAUCGCCGGGACGCCGCGCAGCUCCGCGCCAUGUCGUCGCACAAGACGUUCAAGAUCAAACGCUUCCUCGCCAAGAAGCAGAAGCAGAACCGGCCCAUCCCGCAGUGGAUUCGUAUGAAAACCGGCAAUAAGAUCAGGUACAACUCCAAAAGGAGACACUGGAGGAGGACCAAACUGGGCUUGUAAGAGAGACCGUCCCGGGAGCUCUAAUGAACACUGGUCUUUGUGUGUCAGAUCGAUAACACCCUCAAGUCAUUCCUUCUCUUGUGCUGGACUACAGUCCCCAGUGUGGGGUUUUAUAAGCUGAUCUGGGAUGUUGAUGUUAACUGAGAAAAACUUAUAUCUGAAACAUGGAGACUGUGUUCUAUUUGUGUUCUUUCAGGCAUCACCAUGAGCAUUGACAGUGCACAGGUUUACUAAUAAAUAUGGACCUGAAUGAC